GACGCCAUUUUGUUAGUUGUCUACAUGUGGAGGCUCUGUCAGGAGUUAUGAAGGUUUGAUUUCGUCAAACGUGACAUCUAAGUAGAAAAUUAUGGAGAAUCUCUUAGAGCAGCAAAGGAGACUUCACGAGGAAAGGGAAAGAUUGGAAAAUGCCAUGGCAGAUGAAGUUUUGCACAAGAAACAAUUGGUAAAAAGUCGCCUACAAUUACUAAUUAACCGUGCUUUGAUUUGCUUACGGUUGAAAACAAUUUCUCUUUACUAUGCAAGGAUUAUAAGUUUUGUAGGGGAAAUGAUUGGUAACUCAAGGAGUAGCCCUGAGUAAAGUUAUUUAACUUAGCUUCACAGUGCUUCUGCGCUAUCCUAUACGAUGCUUGGAACACUACAUCUAGUUGCCCUGCAGAGCUUGUAAUUGAUUCUGAAUUGAUUUGUUCCCCUCAGAGAUACAAAUAAGGAAUUACGGUGAACUGCCAGCAUUAAUCCUAGGGUUUGUGUUUUGCGGGUAUCCUGAGAGGAAAAUGUUUCAAAACAAAACAAAACGAUUCUAACACGCUUGUACACCCUAAAAAUAUAUAACUUUUUUAUCUUUGCAGGGAAAAGAACAGAUUAAUUCUGAUCAUCAAGUGAAGAUUUUAUUGGAGGUAAAUGAGAGUUUUUCUACAGUGUAACAGCUGAACUUGUUGGAUCAUAGCUUAGUUGUCAAACCUCGAUUAUCUGUUGCUCAAUUUUCCUGAAUUGCUUCUCUGGUCCCAUUUUUCUAGGAAUAUUAAUUAGUCACAUUUGAGAUAACAAAAUUUUCCCAGGUCGGCAUUUGUUUUGCGUCAGCAUCUUAGAGUGUUAGGUCAGUGCUUUAAUGCACUUUUUUAACAACACAGAUUUUCAAAAAUAGCACGAAUUUCCAAGCUCGUCUUUUCUCAAAAUUCUGGUUUGAGGGUUUUGUUUCAUUUUGCAUAUUUACAUGUAGAUCAUGCCUUUUAUAAGAACAAAGCACUUAAUUAUUAUUUUUUAACAGUUUUUUUUAACUAAAAUUUUUGUUGUUGUUUGACAUUUACCUUGAUUUUUACUUGUAUGUCUUCUCUGGUUCAAUGGUUGGAUAACUCAUUCAUCCAGUUAAUAAUUAUUAUUGUUAUUUAGCAGCUAAGCUUUACAAAACUAGCUUAUAACAUGAUACAUGAAUAUAUUUGACUUUUGUGAUCAAAGAGAGGAAAAAAUCUAUUCCAAAAUCUCAAUGUGUGGGACAAGUUAGCAUAGCGCAGUUUGAAAACAUCAAGUGCAUUUGAUAUUGUAUCUUGCAAGAGGAUUGUCCAGCCUUCUUUGCGGUAGAUACAGGGUAGUUGUAUGUUUUCAGAUGAUAAUUUGGAUUGUGAUUGUGAUUGUAAUUAUGUCCAAUAUUCUCAUGAAUCUGUUUUACAACUUUGCAGCUUGCCUAUAAGGAUAAUUUCUUCACUUGUUCAAAUGCCCCCCUUAUAUUGAUUCCCUUUUUUUUUUCAUGUAUAAAGCGAUCAGCUUUAAAUGCAGAGACACUUUCAAGCCUUUAUGAGGAUAAGGAUGGGUGAGUUAAUUCCAAUGCAGAGUGACAUUGUUUCAAAUCUGUGAUAUUGUAAUUUUGUCCAGGAAAUACUUAUUAUGUUUACAUUAAACUUGAGACACCUUUGAUUUGUAGUUUACGCAAAGAAGAAGUUUCAGCUUUGUCUGGACCUAAUGAGUUUGCAGAGUUUUAUGCCCGACUCAGGAGUCUAAAGGAAUAUCACAGAAAAUUCCCAAAUGAGGUAAACUUCAAUAAAGUUUACCUGAUGUGCAUGUGUAGAGUCAAUUCUUGAAACCAGAGAUUCCUUUGGGACCACAUUAUUUUCUGUCAAGAGAGUGCAGUCAUGAGUACUGCUGCUGCUUACAUGUAAUUCCUUUUUGAAAAACUACAUGUCAAUAAAUUCUACUGUUUUCAAAUGAAAGAAGUGAAGAAAGAUCCGAUUGUCAAAAUACUUAAACGGGACACAGCAGGUUCAAUUCAUUCAAAGAAUGUUUCUUCUCUAACACUUGAGAAACAGACAAUGUGUUAGAGAUGAUUUUUUUUCAGGAGUACAUUAGCAGUAUCUUAGUCUGCAAUUUCAAGUAUUUUUUUUAUUUCAACUGCAGUUGAAAUAUAACUGCAACAUUUCUCUGUCAAUUGUCGUAUUUUUUUCUCCAGGUUGCAGAACCAAUGCAGAUGGAAUUUGUGAAGCUCAAGGAGGCACGUGAUAAUCCAACAGAUGAAAUGCAAAGUGAGUGUUACUAAUGAUGAAUGUGACUUGUGUUCUGCUAAUUUAGAAUUUGAAAAAGUAAUCUAAAUUGUAAGAAAGGUUCUAAAUUACAUGUUUUUAACAGCAGUGAUCAGCUAUGGCCAAAUCUGUUUCAUUAUCAUACAUACUUUGGUUCUUUAAAUUACUAUUUUUCUCUAUCCAGAUGUUGUAGAGUUUACAGAUGAAGAAGGAUAUGGGAAAUACUUGGACCUGCAUGAACUGUAUGACAAGUUUCUAAACUUGAGAGGAGUAGAGGUGGGCUUGUGAUUCAAUUAGAGAGCAUAGUGUCAGUUACCACUGUAUACAUCAUGAAUAUGCAUUUUACAUCAAGAUUCUUUUUUGCACACUUAUGUUUUGUCCACAUCUGUUAAAGACAUUUUAAUGCUGCUCUUUGGCAUUCUACAGCGCAUCGAUUACCUAACCUACCUAGAAACAUUUGACAGACUGUUUGAUAUUGCAAAAGAAAAGAAAAACCCAGAGUAUAGAAGGUGAGUUGAUCAUUUGAAUCUUUGAUGUAUGAAUCUGGUUCUAAGAAUGUUUACACAUUGUGGAUUUGAUGUUUGGAGACCCUCUCUCCACUUAGAUUUGGUUUUUUAGUGGUCUAAGUUAAACUUCUUUGUUUAGUUUUAAGCCUUUGACUCCCACAAGUGACUAGCAUCUAAUUUCUCCUGACAAUAUUGCCCUAGAAUCAUAUAUUAAGGUCAUGAGAAUAAAGUAAAUGAUCAUCAACCAAAGAAGCUUUUUAUUAUUAAACAAAUUCUCCUUGUCAGCUCCUUAGGAAAUGUUCAGAGAACAGUAUGGAGAAUAUGCAUUCUGAUUUUAGGCUGUGAAGGGUUAAAUAGAGCCAACUGAUUAGCCCUAGCCUGUUAGGAUUAUGAUAACCUUAAAUGUUUGACUUUCUUGAUUUCUUUUUCAUUUACACCCCAUACUGACUGCUAAUAAGACUGAAAAGUGUAGCCUUUAGAAACAAACACAAUUAUCAUCAAUGAAUUAUGGUCAAGUCGCCAACAGUUCAAAUCGCCAAUGCCAACUCGCAGACGUGUAAAAUUGAGUAGAGAUGUUGGCGAGUUGGUCUUCAAUCCAGUACAACUUAUUAGAAGAUAGACAUAUAGAAAAGUAAAAGAUAUUUAGUGAAAAAAACAAUUUUGUUUUCUUUCAACAAAGUUUAUAAGGGUCUCAUGGCGAAUAAAGCAAAGUAAACAUUGCCAAUGAAUAUAAAAGCUUCAGACGCGAACAAGUUGUUGUGUGACAACAACACUGUGAAGACUCAUCAUGUCAAUCGGUCAGUUUUUUUUAAAAAAACUUGGCUUUCUAAACAAAAAAAAACUUUUUAUUUCCAACAAAGUUUAUAAGGAUCUCCAGGUGAAUAAAGCAAGGUGAACAUCACCAAUGACCAAAAAAGCUUUAGAUGUGAAUAAGUUGUUGUGUGAAAUAUGAGAAUGGUGAAAAGACAGCUGCUCAAUUAUUGGAAUUGAUGUCGAGAUUAAAUGGACCUUCAGAAUAAUUGCAUGAUAUGCAUAGCUUUCACAUGUUCACUUGAUCUUUAUAAUAUAUCAAAUCUUAUCGUAAAUCAAAUGUUCUGGAUCAUAAAUAAAUCAUUCUUUAAAGUUAAAAAAACAUGUUGUUCUGCCUGGUUGUUAUGGUUGUCACACAAUAACUCGUUCGCACCUAAAGCUUUUUGGGUCAUUGGCGAUAUUCACCUUGCUUUGUUCGCCUUGAAAUCCCUAAAAACAAAAUUGUUUCUUCACAAAAUAUCAUUUACUUUUCUAUAGGUCUAUCUUCUAAUAAGUUGUACUGGAUUGAAGACCAACUUGCCGACGUUUCUACUCGAUUUCACACUUGGCGAGUUGGCUUUGGCCAGUUGAACUGCCAGUGACUGGAUACCUCAUUAAUUGCAUAGUGAGAAGACAAGAGAAUCAAUUUCAAACCAUAUCCACUUUAUAUUAAGGACAUAUUGAUGGGUUCAGAUCCAAUGAAGUAUUGUGAGGAGCAAGGCGGGUAGAAAACAAAUAGUGUUGAGUUCGAUCAACUUCCAGAGGAUAUUCCUUUGUUUUAGUGUUUCGUCCAACCACUGACAUAUUCAAGAAAACUUUGUUAUUCAAAGCGUAUGGCUGAAGAAUCACAGGAACCACUUCCCAACCUAUGAAAAUCUUCCUCAUAAGAAUUUUGUUUAAGUUUUUGGGUUUGCUUCUAUCACAAGUAUACAUGUGAAUGAUCUAUGAAAAUAAUUGCUGGUGAUGCAAAUGACACUGAUAACAGUUAUAGAGGUGGUUCCAUUAAGACACCUUCUGUACAUUCCUGGAAGUUAUUUUGUGAUUUUAACUUGGGUGUAUGAUGUUUGGUCUCUUAGGUAUAUUGAAGCUCUUCUGGACUAUCUGUAUGAUUAUACACAUAGGGUUUUACCUCUAUAUGACCUGGAAGGGGUAGGUUCUUAGUCAGUCUUUUUGUAUAGGUUAAUUAAUAAUAAUUGCAAACUUAUGUCUUUAUAAGUUAAAAUUUGUUAAAAAGAAGUCCUAGAUUUGAUUUAACCGAGUGCAAUCCCAAUGAAAUUAUUUGAGAGACUGAAUAUUAAACCUAGCCAAUUGCAAUGCUGUGCUUGUAAUAUCUUCUGCAUGAAAAUGUGUUGUGGGCCUUUCCCCUUCUCCUUCCCCCACCUUUUUUUUUUUUUUUUUUGAGGGGGGGAGGAAGGGGAGGUUUGGCCAAAGUCUCUUGCUUGGCUGCCUGAAUACAAACACAGUCUUUUUGCGAUCCUUCAAUUUGUCUGGUAAUUCACAUUUUGAUCUUCUCUAGGAACUGGAGAAAGUUAUGUCAGCAUUUGAAGAACAAUGGUCAAAAGGAACCUUUCCAGGAUGGAUGGUAAGAAUAAAGCACCUACAUUACACAAUUUUAAUAUUUCCAUGAGUGGGAUUUAUGGAACAUAUACAAUUUGUGAGCAAGGCUUCUCUUAUCCAACAACUCACUCCAUUAAACUCUCACCAUUUGGCCAAAACUGAUUCCAUUUCAAAUUCCUAUUUGUGAUUUCCUCAACAAAAAAUCUACUACAUACUGUACAUUUGGAUUGCAAUGAUAUACAAUCAUGUGAUUAUCACAAACAGUGAGUUUUGUUUUUUAUCAUUUGCAGAAAGAUGCAAGCAGUGCCUUAGCUCAUUCUGGAGCCCAUCUUGACUUGUCUGCCUUUUCAUCUCCAGAGGUACAUGUAUGGUUAUCAAAGUUGAAAACAAAAUCGAGUCAUAACUCUUAAAGGAAAAAUGUCUCAAGUGUGGGAAUAAGAAAUUACACUGAGUUCCCUAGAGGAAUUGAACCUCAGACCAUUGAAUUUAAUGCUCCCACUGACUAUCAUUGAGCCACUGAGACUCUACAGUGAGCCACAUAAGCCAUUUUAAAUCUUUUUUUGACCAGGGUACAGUGAGAGUAUGUUCAGUUUCUGAUGGACCUCAAAUCCAUCUCUUCUUUCAGAAAUGCAUUUUGACAUUCAGAAAUGCAUUCUGAAUGUCAGAGCAAGGGGGAGUGAACAGUGGCCUAGGCAAGUGUCGCUGAACAGGUCCAACAAAGUGUAAAGAAUUUUACAUGUAGGAAGUUUGGGGAAUCACCAGACUGUCAAUAGUGUGGUAGAAAGUCUAAUAACUGUAAGUUACUGUUACUUAUCAAAAUGUAUUUAUAUCAAUUCAAAAAGGAACUGGCUUCCUUGGGACUGGAUCGACUGAAACAAGCUUUGCAAGCUUUAGGUUUGAAAUGUGGAGGGUAAGUAUUGCUAACUGGUCACACAAUGUUAUACUUGAUAUCAUUAGCAGGGAAAAGUAGUCCAGCUUUCUUUCUCUGUGCCAUUGGUCUAGAACUGGUUACCCAAUUGAUAUAAUAUACAAUUUAAAAACUUCUGUUUGGCUCCUUUGUUACAUGUAAUAUUACAAUUUAAAUUCUGUUUGGCUCCUUGUGAUGUACAUGUAGUCUAAAUUGAAACAAUUCAUUUGUUUUUUAUUAUUAUUGUAAUUAUUAUUAUUAUUAUUAUUAUUAUUAUUAUUAUUAUUAUUAUUAUCAUCAUUAUUAUUAGCAUUAAUUUUUUUUCAAUUUGUUACAGGACACUCGAGGAUAGAGCACAAAGACUGUUUAGCACAAAAGGUAAAGAUUUCUCUAAGAGCUGCUUUACAUACAUUUACUGGUAGCUGUCUUUUGUGAAGAUACAUUUUCUUGUGGUAACUUUAAUGUACGUAUGCUGCAGUAUUCAUGACAGCAUAUACUGUAGAUGUGGUAAACCAACCAACCCUCUUGUUCUGCAAUAGCAAGCUAAACUCAGCUUUAUAUCUGAAAUGGACUCAACACGCGUUUAUUAUUGUUUUUUAAUCAGGAGUACCACUAGAUCAACUGGAUCCAUCAUUUUUUGCGAAAUCAAGAGCUGGCAAAGGGCGAGAUAACGCACAGAAACAAAAAGACAUCGCAGCUGUUGAGGCUCAGGUUUACCACUUAACAGAGCUUCUUGGAGUGAGUGUGAAAAUGAUCGUUUAUUGAAUACAUUGAGAUUAUCGCUACCAGGGUUACAUUUUAGAGGCCAUGCGACCUACAACUUUACAUAAAGCUUAUAGGAGUAUGCCCUCUCGUGGAUUGGUUUUUAACUCAUUACAGGUAACUACUAGUGGGAAACGCAGUGCUUGUCUCCACCCAGGAGUGUAAAUGGAUACCGGCGAAUUGUGAAGGAAUCCUGAUGAAAUGCUGGGGGUGACCUUGCAAUGGACUACCAUCCUUUGUAGCUUCAUGGCACAGAAACCGGGAUGAGCUCCAGCUUGAUGGGUCACUGGGCUCGAGUGUAGUACCUUUUAUUUACAAGUAACUCCGUCAGAUUUUCCUUAAAGUCUACCGGUUAUAAAAAUGAAGUUUUCUGCCUAUGAAGUCAACACAGUCCUUUUUCCCCGGCAUAUUUUCAACAAAAAGGGUAGUUUCGACUUCAGCCACAUGGUUUUUCACUAUAAUAUACCCGUUUUAGUAACACUACGCCUCGAGCCAAUGGUACAGAAGGUGGUUUAUGCAAAUCGAGGAUUAAAAUUUAUGCUCGGUUUUGAAUGCUUUGGCAUAAAACCCUCAUGCCAUGGCAAAAUAUUAAUACAUAAGCUAGCAUAAUUGAUACGUCUUGCGAUUUUUCAUGACAGGAACAGAGACAAGCCACAAGGGAGAAUGUUGAGCGAAAGCAAGCACGCACGUCCGAUGAAUUGGAGGUAAAUGUUUGCGCUAAAAAAUGAAUUUUGCAUUAUAUGCGAGUAAAAUCUUGCCAUUUAAGGUUCUUCUUCUACAAAACUAAAAUAUAAAUAAGACCAUUCUUAUUUGUAAUUGAACUUUAUCAAGCCAUCUUUAUAAGUAAAAUAUUUGGCUAUUUUCGGUCCGAGUGUCGCAAAAACCUAAACCGAAGUCGUCACACCUUCACCAACAAAAAAAAGGAGAAUCUCGCCAGGAGCCAAUGAGAACUCGAAGAAAAAAUAGGGAGCUUAUUGAAGCGCGAGAAAACGUGGAUGAUUAAGUCACCAUUGGUUUUCGUUUUACAUCUGGUCUGAAAGCCAGUCCAAAUUAGGCAUGACCACGGCCAGUAAUGGUCAAGAUUAUCCUUGCAUGUUCGAACUAAAACGUGGAUCACCAAGUCAUGAUUUGUUUGAAUCUGAUUGGUUGACAGGGCGUUUGUAGACCAAUAACAGUGAAGUAAAACAAGCACAACCCUAGAUUACGUUCUGCUCAGUAUAAAAUUGCUUCGCAAAUUUAUAGCAUCUUAAAUGUUUUCAACAGGAAGAAGAAGAGCAUGAAGAGGGCCACGAGUCAGAUUCUGAUGAUGAGGAAACCGUCCUUUAUAAUCCUAAAAAUUUACCUCUUGGAUGGGAUGGAAAGGUACCUCCUUUGCCUUACAUCUUGCUCAUGCAUGAUGCUAAACUCUAGACUACUCUAUGGAUGUACUGACGGUGGUGUUUUCAAUGUUUUUAUUUUCUAGCCUAUUCCAUAUUGGCUGUAUAAGUUGCACGGGCUGAAUAUAAGCUACAGCUGUGAGAUAUGUGGCAACUUCACUUACAGGUUUGAGCAACGUACAAUAUUUGAUAAUCAGUGGACAUUGAUUUUUUAUUUUGAUUUUAUGCGUAGAGGAGUUUUCCGCUGAACUUUUUUUCUUAAUAUUCUACACAAUGUAUCCUACCGAGUUCAAAGGGGUGAAAUAGACGUUUUCCACGACAAGAAUGCACAAGUUGUUCGUGUUAAAACAAAGUUUGUCGGCAGUCAUCCCAUGUUUACUGUAUCUUUCUCAUGCGUCACUUACCAAUAUUGGAAUAAUAAUUUUUGUCUUUCGCUUAGUUAAAAUUUGGGAUUUCGUCAUUAUAGAUGUUGCAUUUUUAAGGUAGCUAAUGAUGAUAUUUGUUCGUUACAGGGGUCCAAAGGCGUUCCAGAGGCAUUUCGCGGUAUGAUGAAUCUCUUUUAGCGUUACUGCAAGCUUUAUAUUUGCACUAGAGCUCUAUGACGGUCUUGCGGUAUUUCUUAUUUUUUAUGUAAUGUCAACGUUCGCACCAAGUGAAGUUGCAAGAAAGGUUGCAUUUGUCGUUAAAAACCAAAACCAAAUGAAUCACAACGGCCUAUCAGAACACGAUGGCAACGUCACGUCAAGCCAAUGAGAUUUCACAGUGAAAAUAAGUAACCCGUGUUAAGCGCGCGACGGGAAAAGACGAGUGAUCAAAUUACGAUUGGUUUUACAUGUUAUUGUUAUAGGGUAUGGCGCGAGUUUUCUCGACCAAUUAGAGAGAAGAUGGGGAAAACCAUUACAAUCCAUGAUUUAUACUUUCGACACUAAUUUGAAAAUUGAAGACUCUAUUGUUGUUUAUUACAUAGGAAUGGCGUCACGCACACGGCAUGAGAUGUCUUGGAAUCCCAAAUACAGCGCAUUUUGCCAACGUCACUCUGAUAGAAGAUGCUGUUGCAUGUAAUGAUCGAUUUCUUCUAUCGUUUUUCAUGAUGAUUAAUAGUUAUUUGUAGGGUGCUCAUGAACGCUUGUUGCGAUGAGUCCAUCGCAGUUUACAUCGUUUAAACCGUGUGUUCGCGAGUGGUGCUCGUGAGUGAGUGGGGAAGGGGGAAUUUUUAUACAGGAAUGCAAAAAUGUUAGCGAGACAAUGAGGCAUAGAGUGUGAGCGUCCGCAUCCAGCAGAAUGUAUUUUGUUAUCGGUACACUCAACCGUAGUACAGUAAAACGUACCAGACGUUUAAUAUUGUGAGCUUCAGUAAUGGUGAAACAUAAACUGCAUUGGACUUACUGUCGGAAGCUCUAGGGCGCAGCUCUCUAGCUUGUCAGCUUGGAGAUAAGAAAUACUAUGAAAGACACAUACUCUUCUUACUUAUACCACAAAUGCCUGGGUUUUUUUAUUAACACUAAGCUGUAGUUGUCCAAAAGUGCCUCAUGUUCUUCCCUUAUUUUUGCUGUAAACGCAACUUGUUUCUUUUUCAUUACCGUUUUUUUUUUUUUAUUUUUUAUCACAGUAUGGCAUAAGUUGAAGGCUGUGAAGGCCAAAGAACGCUGGCUUCCUGAUCAAGAGGUAAAUUCGUCCAAAGUUUCGAGUUUUGCUGACUUUCCUGUCUGUACCGUUGUUUAGUUACGGAAACUCCUUUCUUGGUAGAUGCAACCACUGUUUUGAUUCAGUGAAAUUGGUAUUGAUAACAUGCCCACAUAUGGUCUUUUUGGUUGUGGUAUUUUUAUUUCUAAGACACACACAUUGGCAAAGGAACACUGAAGCGUCAUACGACGACUCCUUAUGUUAAUAACUGGUUUUUAGGCGAGUAUUUUUUUGACCGAUUCCGCUGGGUGAUCUGUGUGAUUAUUGAACUUGAGAAGUUAUUUAUUUGUGCGACAAGACAUUGGUCAGAAAAGAAAUUUUCACCUUAUUUCUCUUGGGAAGUUUUCCGAAAGCCUCCACCAAGUUCACUCUACCUAGUCUUCGUGGUUCCCAUUCGAACAUAUUUCUUUUGGGCGAGUGUUUAGUCUUGUGGCAGAGUGAAGUAACUUUUAAUUAUUUGAAGAUGAUCGAGUGAUGACAUAGUCUCCUUUCCACCUUUCCUUUGAGAUGUUAUGGAACGCUUAGCCCGUGACAUCUCAAAGAGCAACAGCGAAGGGGAAUGGUGAUAACCGAGCGAUUGCAAGGUCUUAAUCACCUUACUUUGAUUCUGUUUGUAGGAAGAAUACGAAGAUUCUCUUGGAAAUGUUGUAAACAAACGGACGUUUGAAGAUCUGAGUCGUCAAGGAUUGUUGUGAAGAUGUCACAUUCCUCGUUUAUUUCUCCUAUUCUCAAAAUUUGUAUUUUUUAACGUAACGAAGCAGUGUCAUUCUCUUAGUUGUUUAGUGUGCAUAGCGAUAAACACUUUUAUUUCAUGGAAAUUCAUCUUAUGUGUCAAGUAACUUACAAAUUACGACUGUGAAAUGUAACACUUUUGCGUGGUCUAAAGCAAGAUAAAAAAAGCUUCAAUUAUUACAUGUAAGUGGUGAUUGCACAAACUGUGUCUGGAACAACACUCAAAAGACCUUUUAAUUCAGUGUUACAAAGUAAAA